AUGGAGCGCUCUACUGCGAAGACUAUGGACUGCUACGUUGAGUUUGAAUCUACCACAAAUGCCGAGGAAACAGUCAAUCGGAUAAACCGGAUCUAUGAAACUGGUCGUCCUCCACGUCUGGGUAAUCGGCACGUGGAUGUCGAAUUGAGCAACCAAGACGCUUUGCUGAAAGAUCUUUUUCCACGGGCCAAGUGUGUCGUGUGGGAAAAUGGACUUCCUAUUGCCAUGUCCAACACCGACCCCUGUUCCACUGGCUUUGCUGGUUUUCUCACUAGCGAGGAAAUUGUUGGUGCCAUCAGGCACGCAGAGAUUCCGCACCGUUCGCCAUUCUGUGCAAAGUGUCCCCAACGUACCUAUGAGUCCACAGUCAGUACGCUCUACAAGUUCCCGUGGUACGCGAUUAAACUGUACACUGUUCAUGAACGCAACCAGCUUUUUGAAUUGAUCAACCGCCACAUUCUUUCGCUUGUUUCAAGGAUGAAAAGAGCCAACACCAUCGGACUUGACAAUAGACUGUUACGAGAACUUCUCUAUGCCGGUCUGAAUUGCCCAGCGUUCAAUGAACGCCAAAAGUAUACCCUUUGCAUCAAUUCUGAAGACAUGUCGGAAAUUGUCCGAUUUCCUGAAGCCGGAAAAUGGCACCCCUUUGAUUCCCUGGUCAGGAUUCCGUUCUUCAGCAGCAUGACAAAUCUCUAUUACUCACAGUUGAUUUCAAGGGGCACGCUUCCCGACGAAGAGGUGCCAGGAUUACCAAACAAUUUUCCCUUCGCCAACGUGGACUUGUAUUCCCAGGCCCCCUAUGGCCCAAUCUGGUUCGAAUGGGAAGCAGAGACCGCAAAAGAUAUGCCAUGGGAAGAUGCAGUCCGGCAAGAGAUGAUAAUCUUGUGCAACCUUGUCCUCAGUGGCUGGGUGGCCCGUGAGAAAGAGCAAGUCUUUGCAAGUAAAGCUGAACAACCCUCUUCCUUGGACAAUCGUGCUGCUCAAAUGUACGAGUCUCUUCAUUCUACCAGCACCUCCCAAUCUAGCGCUCUCACCGAUUCUACAUCGAGAGUGGAUGUCUUCGUCACCCCCACUCGUCGUGCUAGCAUGGCUGCGAAUAACGACAGUCCUUUUGCCAAUUCCGCGUCUUGGAAUCAGAGAUUUCUUCUGAACCCUUCUGCGAAAGCUAGAGGCGGUUUCCAAGGCCAUCGGAUCACUCAAUCGACCCCAACUUGCCUCCCUUCUUCCGAGCAGAAGUAG